CCAUGCACGGGGGUCAGGGGCAGCUGUUCCUCCUGCCACUGCUGGCUAUCUGCCUGGGAGCCCAGGGCCGGAACCAGGAGGAGCGUCUGCUGGCCGACCUGAUGCACAGCUACAACCCCCACCUGCGGCCUGCUGAGCGGGAUGCGGACGUGGUCAACGUCAGCCUGAAGCUCACCCUCACCAACCUCAUCUCCCUGAAUGAGCGAGAGGAGGCCCUCACCACCAAUGUCUGGAUAGAGAUGCAGUGGUGCGACUAUCGCCUUCGCUGGGACCCGCAGGACUACGAAGGCCUGUGGGUGCUGAGGGUGCCGUCCACCAUGGUGUGGCGGCCAGAUGUCGUGCUGGAGAACAACGUGGACGGCGUGUUCGAGGUGGCCCUCUACUGCAACGUGCUCGUGUCGCCUGACGGCUGCGUCUACUGGCUACCGCCUGCCAUCUUCCGCUCCUCCUGCCCCGUCUCUGUCACCUACUUCCCCUUCGACUGGCAGAACUGCUCCCUCAUCUUCCAGUCCCAGACCUACAGCACCAAUGAGAUCAAUUUGCAGCUGAGCCAGGAAGAUGGUCAGACCAUCGAGUGGAUUUUCAUCGACCCCGAGGCCUUCACAGAGAACGGAGAGUGGGCCAUCCGGCAUCGGCCGGCCAAGAUGUUCCUGGACGCUGCGGCCCCGGCAGAGGAGGCGGGCCACCAGAAGGUGGUCUUCUACCUGCUCAUCCAGCGCAAGCCCCUCUUCUACGUCAUCAACAUCAUCGCACCCUGUGUACUCAUCUCCUCCGUCGCCAUCCUCAUCUACUUCCUUCCUGCCAAGGCGGGUGGCCAGAAGUGUACCGUUGCCAUCAACGUGCUCCUGGCCCAGACUGUCUUCCUCUUCCUCGUGGCUAAGAAGGUGCCUGAGACCUCCCAGGCAGUGCCACUCAUCAGCAAGUACCUGACCUUCCUCCUGGUGGUGACCAUCCUCAUUGUUGUGAAUGCUGUGGUCGUGCUCAACGUGUCCUUGCGGUCCCCCCACACACACUCCAUGGCCCGCGGGGUCCGAAAGGCAAGGUCCCUCCCUCAGCUGCUGAGGAUGCACGUGCGCCCGCUGGCCACAGCGGCGGUGCAGGAUGUCCAGCCCAGGCUCCAGAAUGGCUCCUCCUCAGGGUGGUCAACCUCAGGUGGGGAGGAGGCGGCCCUCUGCCUGCCUCGCAGUGAACUCCUCUUCCGGCAGCGGCGGCACAAUGGGCUGGUGAGGGCGGCGCUGGAAAAACUAGAGAAAGGCCCGGAGCCAGGGCAGAGCCAGGUGUUGUGUGGCAGCCUGAAGCAGGCUGCCCCAGCCAUCCAGGCCUGUGUGGAAGCAUGCAAUUUCAUUGCCCGGGCCCAACACCAGCGGAAUCACUUUGACAGUGGGAACGAGGAGUGGUUCUUAGUGGGCCGUGUGCUGGACCGUGUCUGCUUCCUGGCCAUGCUCUCCCUCUUUGUCUGUGGCACUGCCGGCAUCUUCCUCGUGGCGCACUACAACCGGGUGCCCGCCCUGCCAUUCCCUGGAGACCCUCACCCCUACCUGCCCUCGCCUGACUGAGUCAACCAAUUGCU